AUGGGACUCGGAACUGUGAUUGAUAUAUCAGCAACGCCGAUGCGUAGUAUCAAAAAUAAUUGUGAUGACGAGGCUGCUGAUAUGAGUAACGAUCAGAUCACAACAACUUUGCGUCCUUCUUCAUUGCUUCUGGACCGUAAUAUGUCACCGCCAGAAGUGAAAGAUACUCUUUCUUCUGAACACUCAAAUUUAAGGCAUGGAAUGCAAUUGUCUGAAGCUCACGAUGAUGUGCCUUCCGAUCCUUUUGUAUUUUCAACUCAUCAGUUAAGGGGAAAUGAGGUUUGUUCAACAAAUGGUACAAACACAAUGUUGACUGCAGAACAGCCAUUGGAGGAUCGUUGCUUUGAUUCCAAUAAUUGUCCUCACGAUCCUGAACCGUCUACCUCAAAAGAAGGUCUAGCGUCAAAACAGACUGGUAAUGAGCAGAAGGAUCAAGCAUUGAACUUACUAAAUGGAAAAUAUAAUCUGAAAACAUCAAUUGAUAUGGAAAACUCGAGUCAGGUUGCUACUAAUGAAGCAAAGGAACCUGAUAAGGAUGUCACAAUGCAACUUUCCAUUUCUUUGCCUCCUGGGAACAAAAACCAACAUGUCGGUAGUACGGAUUUGAGCCGACAGAUCUCUCCCAUUAAUCUUAAACAAGACCCAUUUCCUACAGUUGAUGUUCAUCAAGAAGUACCUCGGCGAUCGCUGAUAAACACGGCUCCCUUAUCGCCAAAUCAUUACGGUUCUAUGUUGGCUCAAACGCCACUGCCAUUUCGAAUUAAUAAACGUUCACAGCUCUCCGGUUCACACAAAACUUCAGUGCUUACUAAUGCCAAUGAGAUAGUGGUGGGUUCAGGACGGGAAAUAUCCGCCGAUGUAAAGGAACCGCAACAAAAGAAACAAAAAAUUCAGGAAGAACGAAUGAGUGCACAUUUCGCGCCAUCCUCAUCAAUACCAACCGUAAAUGCCGGCGAAGAUCAUUUGCAAAUUCCUAGUGAGCAAAUUUUGAAUAAAGCGCUGGAUUUAUUGCGAAAACCAGUGCAAGGUGAUAUAAGUGAACCGAGAACUACAACGAAACGAAGUUAUCCAAAAAAAAUUAGUGCGAACACUGUUAUGGACUAUAAAGAUGGUUUACAUAGGAAAAUAUUGCAAGAAAAAAUUGGAAAAUUACGUGACAAGAAUGGUCUGGCAUUGAGCGUACCACAUCUGGAACGUGCUCAUCUUAGUCAGCUAGUUAAUUUACUGCAACGUUUCAAAAAUCACUUUGCGCUUAAUGAUUUUCUGUCAAAAGAAGUUUCGGAUCACGUUUUCGGUGAUAGUUCAGCUCCUGUUACUGAGAAACUGAUUCAGAAUGCUCGAAAUCCAAUAUCUGAAGAAUCGGAUAGACGAUUAAUGAAAUAUAUCAUGGAUGCGGAUGUAACCGAAUCUGAAGAUAGUGACGAGGAUACUGAGGGACAGAUGCCAUCAACAUCGAGCGCUUAUUUGUCAUUUGGGAGCUUGUCGUCCCAUGCGUACUUCGAUGAGCGAGUCAGUUUGGGUACGCUGGAUGCAAAAGCGCUUUGUAUAGAAGAAGAUUGUGAAGAAAAAAUAAAUUUCGUAUAUCGUCAGCUUAAUAAUAUUCGAAUACAAAAGAAAAAAGUAUAUUCAUGGAACGAUGAAGCUUUGAAAGAAUGUUGUGCGAGAUGCUUACCAUUUGAUGGCAAAAGAAGACGUUUUCUGAAAAGGAGAAAAGUGGAAAGGAUAGGAAAAAAUAGUCUUAUUGAACAUGAAACUCCUAUAUCAUUGCAUACUGGAGAACGCGUGAGGGCAUACGCUACUGUGGAUAACCGAGUUUAUCCUCCAUUUUCUUUGCUUGCAGCAAUGCCCAUGGAGCGUGGAGCUGAAGUCUACUGCCGCCGAAGAUCGACUCGUCCAGUUAUACAUUUGCGUAAAAGAUUUGAUCGCUCUUCAUGGACUACAUUUUUGGAGGAACGAAAGGUGAUGGUGAAGGAAGCGGUUAUAGUGGAUGAUAGGCAAACAAGAAGGAAACGAGAGAGAAGUGAAAGCGAUGAAAGUUAUGAUGAUGACGAAGAAUACCAACCUUCUACAAAUUAUUCCCAACGAAGCUCAUAUUCUAAACGGCCGUCAACAUUAAAACGUGCCGGACAAAACCUUGUAGGAAGAUCACUUGACCGGAAGAGGAACGGAGAUUUUCGGAACCGCAGAUUUUCUAAUCAUCGACUUCGACUGCUUCGCGCAAAUGAUGUGGAAGAUGGACUCGUGGAACCAAUGCCCGGUCUUCCUCAGAAAAUUGAUUAUAAGGAAAUUUGUAUACCACAAUGGUAUAAAUUCCAACUAGUGUUUGCAGGCACUAAUGUUCAUUUUGACAUGUUUGUUGCUUUCUAUAAAGAACUAGAUGAUUUAGAUGAUUAUGCUACUUCUAGCUGGGAACGAAAACCACUAAAACUAGUGUCGGAGGAAAAUUCAGGAUGUAUGCAUCUGGCAGAAUGUUCAUGUGUAGCAAACAUUUCAAGACGACAUCUGCCAUACGAAUUAAAUGAACGAAAACGUUUCCAACAGUACAGGGAUUAUGUGGCCGCAAAAUCAGCAGCAACAGCAUCCAAAUUGUCAGGAUCUAGUCAUUCCAAACUUCCAGCAGCAAGCACUGCCCCGUCUGCUACUGGUUCUGGGGAAAGUCUGAGUUUACUAGAAAGUGUUCAGUCAGUGUCUGCUGCACCAAGUCCUGCAGCUCUAUAUUAUGCUUUUGAUGACGAUCAACUGAGUUCGAAUAAUGGUGAAUCCAUAUCUGUACCGGAUUAUGAUCGGCCAUCAGUGGCUUCUCCAUAUUCGCCGAGAAUUUUCUCUGUCCCAUUGCUUACUGGUUCUCAUUCGAUGAAAAAUGAAAAUAAAUGA